AUUACCUUCCUGCUGUCUGGUACAGCACUAAAAACUGUCAGUGAGGUUAGAGGGGGUAAGAAUUUCUCAAAUCGGCGACUGCCGUUCAAACAGCGGUGUGAAUGUCCAAAUCUGUGCUUUGGUGUUAUUACAAACGAAACGUGUGACACUGAGGAGAAAAACGGCAGCGUUCUCGUCCAAACUGUACAGGCCAACAGUAUCUGAACUAGAUCAAACAGUGCUGUAAUACAGCGAGCAAAUGGCGUUGAAAAGAAUCCAAAAGGAACUGACAGACCUACAGAGAGAUCCUCCAGCCCAGUGUUCAGCAGGUCCUGUCGGAGAGGACUUGUUUCACUGGCAGGCGACAAUAAUGGGGCCGAAUGACAGUCCAUAUCAAGGAGGGGUUUUCUUCCUUACGAUUCAUUUUCCAACAGACUACCCUUUUAAACCACCAAAGGUCGCAUUCACAACAAAAAUCUACCACCCUAAUAUUAACAGUAACGGCAGUAUUUGUCUGGACAUCUUGCGAUCUCAAUGGUCACCUGCACUUACUGUAUCCAAAGUCUUGUUGUCCAUCUGCUCCCUGUUAUGUGACCCGAACCCAGAUGACCCGCUGGUACCUGAGAUUGCACAUACAUAUAAAGCAGACAGAGAAAAGUACAACAGACUAGCGAGAGAAUGGACACAAAAGUACGCCAUGUGAGAGUGCCUGCGACUGAAACACUACAGAAUCAAACGGACAGAGAAACGUGUUUUUACUUUGAACAAGAGGAGUCAAAAGAAGUGAAUGUUGAGGGGAGGGGACAUCCAAACACCAGACCCUUGGAAGGGGAGCAGAAGGCGGAGGUGAGGAGGUGAGAGCCGCUGGUACACGUUGGCCGCUAUGUGCUGAAUCCGCUGUCAUGUGCCGUUCUCCCAGAUCCGCCGCCACAACGGCUUAGCCUGGAAAACUCCAGGAAAACUGUAAAACCGGACAAACCUCGGGGUACCACAACCCAGGAAGUUAGACUUGUACUACUGUUAGUUCUGUUAUUACUGUCAUUGUGAUUUUCUCAGUGUUACUCUUGUCAUCACUGUUUUGCUGAAUGAGGAAUCGUUGGGCUGAAGUUGGAACGCCGGCGAUACAAGAUCGAUCGUGUCUGAACCAUCGCACCGUCCCGUCGGAGUCCGUUUGGAAACCAUAGUUGUGUGUGCACUUUAAUUUUUAACAGUUUGCGAUAGAAUGUAAAAAAAUCGGAUGUCAGAAAGACCUUUCUGUAGUCUCCGCCUUCCAACUUCCUGCCGUUUCAGUGUUAUCCCAUAAAACACUAUGAGUGUGAUUAGGAAAAGUGAUUCACCCAAUGAUAAAAUGUGAUUUGGUUUUUGAACAAAUUGAAGUUAUAAAAAUAGUCAAGUGAGUCUAUAUCUUUGUGCUAUAAAAAAAUGAAACAUAACACCAUGUCCUAACCAGAUGCAAUGCAAUGCGAUUCCAGCAACAAUCACCCCCCAUACCCUCAUUCACUGCUACCUAUGUUACUUCACUAAUAUAGUGUGUGAAUUUGGACAGUUGGGAAGUAAUUUGUCUCGAACCUUACAUAGAUGUGUUCUGGCGGCUAGCUGUUGAGUUGUAGUGGUGCAUUGAAUGAGUGCACUCGAUAAUGUUCACUUUGGUUUUGGACACUGCAAUUUGUAGUGAACUUUAAAGGGUAUGUGGUGAUUUCGACACUACUACAAAAGACAGUUCCCUUAAUAGUGAACUUUUAAGGGUGUAGGGGUGAUUUCGACACCACUUCAAAUGACGUUCCCUCAAUAGUGAACUUUUAAGGAAAUAGAGGCUUUUUCGGCAUCGCUACAAAUGACGUUCCCUCAAUAGUGAACUUUUAAGGGAAUAGAGGCAUUUUUGACAUCGCUACAAAUGGCGGUUCCUUCUAUAGUGAACUUUUAAGGGUAUAGUGGCGAUUUAAACACCACUACAAAUGAGGGUUCCCUCAAAAGUGAACUUUUAAAGGUAUGUGGCAAUAUCAGCACUACUAUAAAAUGACGGUUCCAUCAGUAGUGCACUUUUAAGGAUGUAUGGGUGAUUUUGACACCAAUACAAAUGACGGUUCCCUUAAUAGUGAACUUUUAAGGGUAUGGGGCGAUUUCGGACACUACAACAAAUGGCGGUUCCCUCAAAUCCUACACUUUUAGGGUAUUUUGGCGAUUUCAACACCAAUACAAAUCGUGGUUCCCUCAAUAGUGAACUGUUAAGGGUAUGGGGUGAUUUCGACACCUACAAAUGAUGGUUUCCUCAACAGUGAACUUUUAAGGGUAUGGGGUGAUUUCAGAUGCCACUACAAAUUGCGGUUCCUUCAAUAGUGACCUUUUAAGAGUAUGGGUCGAUUUCGACAUCACUACAAAUCGUGGUUCCCUCAGUAGUGAACUUUUAAGGGUAUGGGACGAUUUCGACAUCACUACAAAUCGUGGUUCCCUCAGUAGUGAACUUUUAAGGGUAUGGGACGAUUUCGACAUCACUACAAAUCGUGGUUCCCUCAGUAGUGAACUUUUAAGGGUAUGGGGCGAUUUCAGACACAGACAAGCAAUUUGUCUGUCCACACCAAACGCGACAAGCCUAUAAGACAUGAAGUGACAGCCAAUUAGAAGAGUGUGUGAGCAGAGCUCUCUGAAUAUUUACUGGAUAAAUUUGUAAUAUGAUCAAAAUGAACAAUUUUAACAAUAUUUUAAAUAUAUACUCAGUGACUAAUACAAUUUUUGGAAUUUUGUUGUGAAAUACACUUGUUUGUUAACGGAUUUUACAGUUUUACUCUUUUGGUGUAUUUCAAGGUGUUUUCAAGACCUGAGGUAAAUUAUCCAUUGUCGCUUUCAUUAAUUAAAUUUGUACAGUAAUGAUAUUCAUAACACAAAUUAAACUUUUAAUAUUGUACAAAACACAUACAUAUCUUAGACAGGUCUAAUCAGUGUCAGUGUUAAGAAGGUUACUUUGGAAAUGUAAUAGAUUACAGAUUAAGUAAUGUAAUGUAACCGAUUACAUUUGAUUACUUUUUGAUACAUUUGACUUUUUUAAAUUUACAUUUACAUUGUCAUUUAGCAGACCUUUUCUUCACAUUACUUUAAGUAAUGUAACUGAUGACAUUUGAUUACUUUUUGAUGACUUCUAAAUUUACAUUUACAUUUAGUCAUUUAGCAGGCACUUUACAUAUAUCACAUUACUUACUUUGACUAAUGUAACUGAUUACUUUUUAAUUACUUUUCUAAAUUUACUUUCACAUUUAGUCAUUUAGCAGAUGCUUUUAUCCAAAGUGACUUACAAAUGAGGACAAUAAAAGCAGUCAAAACAACUUUCGAAAUCUUUAAUCUUUUGAAUUAAGAUGAUAAUAAUUUAAUUGUAAAGCCAGCCAGCCUAACCCACAAAAUCAGACUUUAGCAACUCUUUUUACUUUGAGAUCAUUCUGAGGUUAAAUACAGGUCUAACAUCAAAACAAGAUUUAGUAAAUAUUAAUGCAAGAAGUAUUCAGAUGUAGCCAACUUUGUAAUUUUUAACCUUUUCAUAAGUAACUGUAAUUUAAUUACACAUUUUUCCUUGCUGUGUAACAGAUUACAGUUACAUUUGUUUUGCAAUUAAAUUACGUCAUGCCGUUACAUGUAACUAUCCCCAACACUGGCCACAAGGUAGCAGAAACUGAAAAAUGUAUUUAAAAAACAAAUUUAUUCAAAAAAUUUAUUUAAAAUAAAUAAAUAAAUAAAAAAAACAAUCACUUGUUUUUUGUUCAAAGUUGAAGAAAUAUGAAAAACAAACCAUUAAUCUUCGUGUUGGAUUGCAUCUCAUUAGGACACAGUGUUAUUUUUAUUUAUUAGACAAUUCUUUUCUUUUUUUUUUUAAUCAUAUCACCUUUUGACAUAUUCUUUAUUUAACCUUGAGUGUCGUUUUCAGAAUUAAGCUGGCCAUUUGCACAAGACAUGCUCUUGGUUUCCAUUUGCACUGUAUUUUUAAUGUUGCUCUGUGUAAACAUGCGCUAGAUGGAUGGCUUUUCUCAAACAUAAUUUUUUCCAAUUGAUUCGCAGUGAAACGGUGUCGAUUUUAAAAGAACGGACCAAUCAGAUGAAUCUGGGGGCACGUUAACCAUAUUUACUCUUCAUUUUGUCCAACAAGUGUAUAUGGAAAGUUCCAUCAACCUGUUUUUAAUGCAAAAACGCGCCUUGUGCGAACGGCCACUGAAUUAAUUCACCCUCAGCCGCAUGUGCAUGAUAUGGCAGAUGUGUAAGUAUUUGUUUUGAUAAGUAUUGUGAAGUUGCUUUAGAAAUCAAGGCAGAUUUUUAUACUCGUCUUAAAAAUUCACCCAAAUGCUUGCAGAAAAAAAAGAGGGAGCAAAAAUGCUGAAUGGUGGGACUGUGUGGAAAAAAAAAAAAAAAAAAAUAAUGCCACCAUUUCUGCCAAAUGUGAUUAUGCCCCUUUCAGAUUUGCAAGCAGUGGGCACGUCAUAGCGUAUGAAUGCAAUAUUUUUCGGCUAUUUAGCAUUUAUCUCUUCUAUGAACCUGUCUGCAAGAGUGUAAUCCUUAAUAAUCUUUAGAUACUCUUGUUCCUGUAGUCACUAAUAUUACUAACUUUUGACAGAGUAGACGGUAUGUUUGAUGUGUGACCAGCGCAGGUGCUGGACUCGAGUACUUUUACUGUAAAUUAAUUUUUUGUAAACGCACUCAUUAACUCGUGGCUGCCUAUUUAGAGGUGGAUGAUCAAGAUGUUUACACGGAGCAGAAUGAAAAAAUAUUUCUUCACUCGUCUGAACUGGAGCUCGGGGAGGUUGGAAAGCAGCUUCUCAAACGCGAAAGUGUGAACAUCUCCUCGCUCUCACCUCCUGGUGCUGCUCUUCACAAGCCCGUUGCUCAAGACUCCCUGAAAAGGGCUAAAUAUUGCCAUACUUAUACUUAGCAUCAUAUAUGUGUACUUUCACUAAGAAAAUUGAUAUUUGUGUCCACUAUAGCUUCAGAUAUGCUUUCAAAAAGAUGGUUUACCCCAAAAUGUGAAUUUUGCAAUCAUUUACUCAGACAAACAGAGAAAUUCUGAAGCGUGUUCUCGCUGCUGUUUUCUAUAAAAUGAAAGCGGAUGGGGACCAAAUAAAAAGUGCCAUAUAAGUUUAUUCCAGUAGUAGAUAUUUAUUGGAAUUGGUGCAAUUGUUGCUUGAUAGUUAUAGUCACCAUUCACUUUCAUUGUGUGGAAAAGAGCAGCGUGAACGUACUUUAAAAUUUUUCCUUUUGUGUUUUACAGAAAACAGUCAUUUGGGAUUUGACAAAACGUGAUGGUAAAUGAUAAUAGAAUUUUUCUUUCUUCCUUUUUUUUUUAAAAUUGAAUUGAAUGUAAAAUUGUAUGCCAACUUCUAACUUUGAUUCAACGACCGGCGGUCUUUGUAUCAGCAAAUUUUUCACUACUAAGUGAGGCUCACUGGUUGUGCAUCUGGAAGUAGAAUGUUACGUUUAAUUUAUUUAUUUAUUUGCUAUUUAUUUGUCGUCUUCCAGUCAUCAGCUCAAAUGCAGUCAGCCUGGAAUUACGAGUCGCUUCUCUUCGUCGGUCAAGUCGCGAACCUUUUUGAGAUUGUGCUAAGGCGGUAUAGCGUGCUUUGCACUCUGGUAGGCUACAACCUUUUUUCCGCAGCUAUUUGCAAGAUAUCAGGGAUCUUUUUUCCAUUCUCACCUCCCCAGAGACCCUCAAUAAAACCUUAGCCUUAACCAUCAAUGUAUAAGCAACUGUACUGUACUGUUUACUUUGUGUUUUAACUUGUUGAUUGGUACUGUACUACUUUGUGUAUCACAUACACACGUACACAGAGCCAUAAUGACCUCUCCUUGCUAACUGUCUGUGCUAGAAUACCCUGUCAUCUAACCAGCUCUCUCCUCAGACUCAGUACAGCUGAGACUAACCUCCAAGGUGUCAACUUUAGUGAAUAAAGCUCCUUUUGUUUAAUA